CCCACCCCUUCUCUACUUCCUCCAUCACUUGUAAAGUCUCCUCUGGAGCGUUCAAACGGUUCGUUCUCCGUUGACGAAGUCUUCAACAGUUCUCUGUCGACCUAAAUCCGGAGAAGUUCACCCGAUUAGCAGGUCACAAUGGCCAGGCAGGUUGUCAGGGCCAGUAAGUUCCGUCAUGUCUUUGGCCAAGCUGUAAAAGCUGACCAGUGCUACGAUGACAUCAGGAUCUCUCAGAUGACCUGGGACAGUAACUUCUGCUCUGUCAACCCCAAGUUUGUGGCCAUGAUCGUGGAUGCCAGUGGUGGAGGUGCUUUCAUGGUCCUCCCUUUGAACAAGACGGGGCGUAUCGACAUGUCCUACCCCACUGUCUGUGGACACACUGGCCCGGUGCUGGAUAUUGAGUGGUGUCCCCACAAUGACAACAUCAUCGCCAGUGGUUCAGAGGACUGCAGUGUUAUGAUUUGGGAAAUUCCGGAUGGAGGCCUAAUAAAACCCCUGACCGAGCCAGUGGUCAUGCUAGAGGGACAUUCCAAAAGAGUUGGCAUCAUCAGCUGGCACCCCACAGCCCAUAAUGUGCUCCUGAGUGCAGCCUGUGACAAUGUGGUGAUCCUGUGGAAUGUGGAAUGUGGGGAAGCAGUGGUGCGGAUUGAGUCCCUACACUCCGACCUCAUCUACAGUGCCUGCUGGAACCAGGAUGGCUCCCAGAUUCUCACCUCCUGCAAAGACAAGAUGCUCCGCGUCUUGGACCCUCGCAAGGGCACUGUCAUUGCUGAGAAGGAAAAGCCCCAUGAAGGCUCUCGACCAGUCCGGGCAGUGUUUGUUUCUGAUGGAAAGAUCUUGACCACAGGCUUCAGCCGUAUGAGUGAGAGGCAGGUGGCACUUUGGGACCCGAAGAACUUUGGUGAGCCCCUGACCCUGCAGGAAUUGGACACAAGCAGUGGAGUGAUCUUACCCUUCUUUGACCCUGACACAAGCAUUGUGUACCUCUGUGGCAAGGGUGACAGCAGUAUCCGGUAUUUUGAGGUGACCGAUGAGGCGCCCUAUGUUCACUACCUCUCCAUGUACAGCAGCAAAGAGAGCCAGAAGGGCAUGGGCUACAUGCCCAAGAGGGGCCUGGAGGUCAACAAGUGUGAAAUUGCCAGGUUCUACAAGCUUCACGAGAGGAAGUGUGAGCCCAUUGUAAUGACUGUUCCCCGCAAGUCUGAUCUCUUUCAAGAGGAUCUGUAUCCUGACACAAUAGGUCCAGAGCCUUCAGUGGAGGCCUCUGAUUGGUUUUCAGGUAAAGAAGGCAAGCCAAUUCUAAUCUCUCUGAAAGAUGGAUUUGUGGCAACCAAAACAAAAGAGUUCAAAGUUCACAAGAGCGUGAUGAGUACCACCACUGCUGCCUUGGUGCAUCGACAAGGUGACAGCACGGGAGUGAAUUCUCUGCAGCAGGAGUUGAGGAAGCUAAAGGUUGCAGUGGAACAGUUGACUAAAAGAGUGGAAUCACUGGAGGCAAAAAACUGAUGAAUAAUGAAUGGAAUGGGAGGGGGGCAGCGAAGAGGGGCUUGUGAGCAGAGAGUGAGUGAGAAGGGCAGGGAAUGAUGUGUAAAUGAACAUUUGUUGCAAUUAAGAAACAGGUAAGGAAGGACUGCUUUUGCCCUAUUUUGGAAGAAAACUUCCAAUAAUAUUUUUAUAUGGAAAAAAUAUUCUGAGAGCUUGAAUUGAGGGGUUAUAAAAAGCAUCCUGUGAAAUUAAAUCAUUAAAUUUUCAAUAUGUGUUUCUUGGUUUAUGAAAUGAUCGAAUAAAAUGCGCAUUUCAAACAUC